AUGACUUCACCUUAUGAAACACUCGUUCAAUCAUUGAAAGCCUCUGAUAUCUUAUCAAAGUUUCCAGCAGUUAUUCCUCUAUCUAGUCGACCAAAUACAGCCUCGAGCGAAGAAGAGGAAGAACAAGGCCAGAAAGGUACUACUACUCAAGAUGUUUUCAAAGGUCAUGACGAAGAACAAAUUAGACUAAUGAAUGAAAAUUGUAUUGUCUUAGAUUAUGACGACAAUGCUAUCGGUGCCGGGACCAAAAAAUUAUGUCAUUUAAUGACCAAUAUCGAUCAGGGUUUGUUACAUAGAGCAUUUUCCGUUUUCAUCUUUAAUAAUGAGGGGAAAUUAUUGCUACAACAACGUGCCUCUGAAAAGAUUACAUUCCCAGAUUUAUGGACAAAUACCUGCUGCUCACAUCCAUUAUGUGUAGAUGAUGAAUUAGGUUUCAAUUCAAGUUUGGCUAAAAAAGUAGAUGGUGCCAAAGUCGCUGCCAUCAGAAAGUUAGAACAUGAAUUGGGCAUUCCAUCUCACCAAACCGUUUCUAAUGGUAAAUUCCAUUUUUUGAAUAGAAUCCAUUACAUGGCCCCAAGUAAUGGUCCAUGGGGAGAACACGAAAUUGACUACAUUUUAUUUUAUAAAAUUAAUGAAAAUCAUGACUUGGAUAUAAUACCCAAUCUAAAUGAAGUUAGGGAUUACAAAUACGUCUCGAAAAAAGAAUUGCAAGACAUGUUUGCUGACCCAUCUUUGAAGUUUACACCAUGGUUCAAAUUAAUUUGUGAAAGUUUGUUAUAUAAAUGGUGGGAUCAAUUAGAUGACCUAAGUGAGGUUGAAAAUGACCCAGAAAUUUGUAGAAUGUUAUGA